AUGGGAUUUAACGUAUCUGUAUUUACUGUGGUAAAUCUUUAUACAUGUGACUAUGGAACUGGCAGAAUCGAAGCUAAAAAUAAGUUAACACAACUAGAACUAUCUGUGAAGAAAACGGCGAAUAUUUUAGAGAAAGGCAAAGAGGAGGCAAUUGAGCGUCAUCUGAGUGCUUUUAAAGUGAUAACUAGUGAAGUCGAUCAAUGUAAACGAACAGUCGAAGAGCUGAAACUUGCAGAUAAAACCGAUCUCGAAGCGAUCGCGGAAUUCGAGGCAUCUGUUGACGAGAAAAUCGAAGCGGCGGACGACGAAGUAAUGCGAAUCAAGCAAUGGCUCCAAGGGAAGGAAGCAGAAAGAGAUGCCGAAGAAAGGAAGGUAGGAUACGGUUUGACAUGAAAUUACAUCAACUUAAGCUAGAUUAAAACCCUGUACCAGCCUUAAAGAAUGUCGAAUUGAUUAGCACAAAACUGCCCAAGAUUGAGAUAACAAGAUUCGAUGGGUCGCCCCUUGAUUGGCCACGAUUUUGGGGUCAGUUUACUGAGACUGUGGACAAAUGUUCAAUAGCACCGGUGAAUAAAUUUGCCUAUUUGUGUGGGUUUUUGUCGCCCAAAGUUAAAACUAUCAUCGAAGGCUUACCUUUCGACCCAGAGGGUUAUAGUCGCGCCAAAGCCAUACUUCAAGAUAGGUAUGGCAAGAAUUCAGAAGUUAUUAAGGCUUACAUCAAAAUAAUUUUUGAUCUGCCAACUAUCAAUCAAGUUAAUCUUAAGAAAAUACAUCAAUUUAACGAUCAGUUGAUGCAUGCUGUCCAAGCACUUCAAACCCUAAAGAAAUUAGAGACGGUGAAUGGUUAUGUACCCAUGACCUUGGAUAAACUUCAAGCAAUCAGGGGGGAUUUAAACUGAUGAAAGAAGCGGGAAACUUGAACUCCAACAAAACAACACCAAACGAGAUAAUCGAUAAUGGGGCUUCUGUCACAAACACAGCCAUAAUUGCACAGUUGUUUAACUCGCAUUUCUCACAAAUUGCAGACUCUGUCAUCCAUGAUACAACACAUCACAAACCAAAUUUAGAACCACUUCGACAAUUUGUGAAAACUCACCUUCCUGAUAACCACCACUUCACGGUUCCAGCCAUGUCUGCAGAGUACCUUCUGAAUGCAAUCAACAACUUGUCGUGUAACAAAGCAAAAGGAGUUGACUCGAUAAACAUCCACCUUCUUCAAGUCGGCUGCAAUGAAGUCCUCCCAUCCCUUCUCUACAUCUAUAACACCAGCAUAACCUCGGGUAUUUUUCCAGACCAGUGGAAAAUCAGCAAGAUCACACCUGUGUUCAAAAAAGGCUCGCGACAAAAUAAGGAUAAUUAUAGACCUAUCGCUGUUUUGUCUGUGCUAUCUAAGAUCUUGGAGCGCUUUUAUGGUCUACAUCUACUUGGUUACCUUCAAGAACACAACUUGCUCACCAGUUCCCAAUUUGGAUCACGACCUUUCCACUCUUGUGAAACAAUGUUACUCCAACUUACAGACUCGCUACUUAAUGAUAUGGACAAAGGAAAUCUCAGCGGUAUUCUCCUUAUAGACUUCCGGAAAGCGUUCGAUCUUAUAAGCCAUGACCUCCUACUACAGAAACUUGCCAUUUAUGGUCUUAAAGAUUCAACACUCCAGUGGUUCAAGUCUUAUCUCACGGAAUGAAAGCAAUUAGUGUCCAUCGGACGUGCAACUUCAGAUCUCCUACCAGUACAUACCGGUGUUCCACAAGGUUCAUCACUUGGACCACUUCUCUUCAUUUUAUUCAUCAACGACAUACCACUUGUUAACAAAGAAUGCAAUUCCUACAUCUAUGUAGAUGACACCACCUUGGUCAAGUCAGGGACAUCCAUCAACACCGUUAGAUCACAUCUACAAACUGGUGCUGACAACCUAAGUAACUGGGCCUCCGAGAAUAGAAUGGCCAUCCAUCCCAACAAGACUAAGGUCAUGCUUAUUGGAUCACGACAAAAACUUUCAACCAUCAACGAACCGCUCAAUGUUUCUAUCUGCGGAACCACCAUCUCCCAAACAACCUGCGAAAAACUACUUGGUGUGCACAUGGAUGACUCACUCACAUGGAACACCCAUAUUUCUCACGUUAUCAAGAAAUACAACAACAAACUUGAACUUGUGAAACGAGCCAAACCUUACCUUACACCCAAGCUCCUCCUUCUCCUUUAUAACAGCAUAGCAAAGCCAACACUCGAGUACUGUUGUAGCGUUUGGGGUAAUUGUAGUACAGACGCUCUUGGACGUGUAACAUCUGCCCAAAAACGUGCCGCGAGGAUUCUACUAAACGCUGAUUACACUAUCCCAUCAAUAACCUUAUUCAAAGAAAUCAACCUUAUCCCAAUUCAUGACACCAUUUGCCACCGGAUCCUACUACAGACGUUCAAAUGCAUACAUAACAUCAGUCCACCAUGCCUCAGCACCCUCAUGGAAAAACCAACCCACCACCAUUCAACAAGAGCUAUUGCGAAUAAUAAUGUCCACAUCCCAAAAGCAAGAUCUAACGCAGGAAAACGACGAUUUUCAUUUAUAGCAUCUACCUUAUGGAACAAUUUCCCUAACGAGGCAAAGAAAAUAACAUCGCAGCCGUCAUUCAACACAUAUUGCAAGAGUUACUUUAGUCAGAAACUC